AUGGAGACCCCACGAAAACGCAAGCGCGACGUGGAAGAGCUACCGCGUAUCUCCUACGAUGCAGCGACGAGAACUUUUGACCGGCUAUUUAAAGAGGACAGUCUAGAGGAGAUGAAGGAGGUCGUCAGGCGGAAACUCGGUGUUUCUGAUGACGUCCCAGUGCAUCUCUCGCAAAUUCGUGAGGGAAGAUCCGUCGAUCUGGAAGACGAUGACGACUUUGAGGCUUUUCAUUCUGCUGCCUAUUCCGCCUCCGUGACGCGCGUCCAGGUUGUCCUGGGAGGCAACGAACCUCCGACGCGAUUCUUCGAGCCUCAGACUCCUUCAAGAAAGGAGGCAAAGAAGAGAAGAAAAUCUGACGCGUCUCUACUGUCAACUGAAGCUCACACAACGGACGACGAGGACGCUACACGUCCUGAUAAUUUUAAGACGCCUAAAAAGCGCAGAGUCUCUUUUGCAGAAUCCACUUCAGAGUCGGUGGCCAAAGCUCUAGAGACACCAAGGGAAAAGAAAGAGAAAAGAAAGGAAGAGGAUCUGGAGAAGAAGAAACGGAAGGAAAAGCAGAAAACUUCAGAGGAGGAAGCUCAGAGGAAGAAGAAAAAGAAGGAGAAGGAGAAGGAGAAGGAGAAGGAGAAGGAGAAGGAGAAGGAGAAGGAGAAGGAAAGAGAGGUUGCACCCAUGGAGUUACCGCCUGCACCUUCAAUACCCCUGUCGAGGGAUGCUGACCCACUAGAAACCUUGACUGGCGAUUCUGCGACAAUCACGGCUACAAACGUGGUUGUUGCCUCCGUCGAGAAAAAAUCGAAGAAGAGGACAAGAUCAGAUUCCACUGUCGGCAAGCCCCCAGCAUCAACGCCAACUAUAGAGGACACAGCUAAACAGGCAGGCGAAGGUGCGGACACUCAGCCUCUCAAGAAGAAGACUAAGAAGAAACAUGUCGAAGAAAUUUCUGAAUCCACUGCGUCGACAUCGCCAGAGGCCAUGCCUACUCCCUCAGCGCCUCUUCCAGCUGCUACUGUACAAUCAAAAAUGUCCACUACUGGCUCAGGUGAAAAGGUGGCAAAAAAACUGCGCAAGUCCAAGGAUAAGGCUGCUGUAGAAACAUCUGAUGCCCCUCCUCGAGAAACUACUCAAAACUCACCUGACGCCCAGGCGCCUCAAUCCACUCCCGUCGUCUUUGACGGGGCACCUGGAGUCAAGAUGGCCAAAACUUCGAAACCGAAAUCCUGCGCUGCUUCAGCUGCUCCUGUAAAGACAAAGGCGACCAAGGAAAAGGGUACAAGGGAAAAGACUCCUGCUCCUCCAGAACCGGCUGAGCUCCCUGCUGCUUCUGAAGAAAGCCCCACUUCCCAACAGGUUGAGCCUGUGCCAGAGCCCAAGAAGAAGAAGAACAGCAAGAAGGCUGAGGAAGCCUCCAAGAAAACCCAUCUUCCUCCUCCUGCUGUAGUAGCUGCUUCCCAAAGCGAACCUCCAAUAGCAGACAAGGACGGUGCAUUCGAGGAUAAAGAGCCUGAACAGCCCACCUCUACAGGAGAGGCAACGGUAAAGAGAACGAGGAGAAAGAGCAUGGUCGCGGAGGCCCCACCUCACAAAGAUCCGUCCCAAGACAAAACGACUGAAGGCAACCCGUCGGUCGAAUCACCAGAGGGUGUUGAAGCCAGGAAAGUUGUGACGAGUACUAUAACGGAGAUCUUGGCCAGAAAUAAAGGCCGUGUUGCCUCCACCUCUCAACCACCUCCGAUGGCGAUCUCUGCUAGUGCUCCCGAUGCACCCAGAGAUGACACCCCUCAGUCGGUUUCGAAGGACACCGGGAAGACUAAAAAGAAAUCGUCAUCAACAAGGAAAUCGUCGGCGAAGGAAAGCACCUCAAACAGCGCCGAAACGUCAUCAGCAGGCUAUUACCGCGAUCCAGGCAAGUGCCCUAUAUGCGGCGAGGAACCACGGCACGUCAUGUCCAGGUGCCUAAUCGUCAAGGCAGGCAUCCGUGCAAUGCGCAAACGGGUCACAGAGUUGGAGGAGGAUGAUUCCGAGGACCAUUCAGAGGGUAUCACCCUGCUCCAGACCAUCAUCGAGAGGCGCUCCAAGAAGAAGACGCCUGCCCGUACUGAACCCGCCAACCCGACGGUGGCACAGGAAAACGAAAGUGCGCGAACUCCUGCAACGCACCCUGCUUCCGGUCCUGAUGAUUCGCAAUCGCAGCCCACACAAACUAGGCCAGCGUCUGCCCUUCCAGCACCUCUCAUUCCUUCCAAUCUCAAUCCCGUUCUUGUUCAGAAUAGAUCUACUCCUGCUGCGUCGACCCCUCUUGUCCCAGCGAAGCCUUCUGGUCGCAACAAGGCCGUGAGCGCAGCUGACAUUCUUUUUGCUGCUCGCGCCCGUCAGUCUUCUCAACCCAAAACAUCUACCCCUCUUGCAUCCACCCCUGUUCUUGCCCAACCAUCAUCUUCAACUCAGCCAGCACCUUCGACCUUGCCUCCUCCCCUUCCUCCAGCCGCUCCGACUCCCUCUCCCGUCGAACCACCUCUUACUCAGCCAUCCUUGAACAUCCAAAGCAUCCGGAAGAAGAGCUCGCAAAAGAAAUCUCAGCCUCAACCAAGCUCGCAGAAGCAAGCACCACUGCCGCCCCAAACUCCUGCCGCCAAGCCACGGCCUCCGCCAGCAGAUAUGUCGACAACGCUGCUCAACAAUCCGCUUGCUUCACCGUUUAUGGCGAUUGGGGAUCUCUCGCGGUUCACAGAGAAGGACUUGGAGGAGCUUGUGAAAGGUCCACGCAUUGCGCUCAAAGACGUCCCGUCUAGUGACUCGAGCGAUGAGGAUGAAGAAGAGGAUGAAGACGACAAGGAGGACAAGGAAGUCUUAUUGGAAAAUGAUGAUGAGGAGCCCAGAUCACCCAGGAAGUUGUCUCAAGGGCGCAGUCUCGUUAGGCGUGCUACGUCAUCGGAUGAAGAGGAUUCGGAAGACGAGGACGAGUCGAGUUCCAACGACAAGGGUGAGGAACCACAAGCUAACCAACCGCAGGACAAGGUCCCAGAAGCGACUCCUGUUUCCUCUGUGGAGCGCGAGGGCGGAGAUCUUUCGUUCCAGCAGGUCAAUGCUCUAGGCAGCUCGAUAGAGCCGGAUUUGACGGGUAAUAUCGCUGUGGAGGAGGCUCUGGCUAGGGACCUGAACGUGUUCAACCUCCCUAGUCCGACUUCGUCUUCUCAGCGAAGAGUGACAGCUCCAGAACCUGACUCCGAUACCGCUGUUGCCAGCCAGGGUGAGGAGGCGCCGGACAAAUCUACGUCCAGAACCAAAUCCAAGCGCACAUCUGUUGCUUCCGCUGCUUCUACAGAGGAGGGCAACGCGCCUGACCCCAUCGAGCCUUCUGAUGAGCCACCAACGACACAACCUGAAGCCAUUGCCUCGUCAGACGACGAUAGUUCGCCUCCUACGCCACCUGUACAAUCCACUCCCAAAGUGGAGGUCAUGACCCGAACGAGGAGCCAGAAGAGCAAAGCCUCCAUCCAGAGUCAGAGCCAGCCAACACCACUGGUGCGGGGUGCAGAUGACGAACCAAAGGCCACGGCCACGCGACGGACAAGGAGCCUGACGAAGAUCUCUGCGCUGCCUGUUCCUGUUCCGCCAACAGGCUCGCAAUCGUCUAUGCGGGUCAUUAGGUUGUCUGGUCCUAUUUCUGCUGAGGCCGAAGGCAAAGGGGACGAGGAGAACGAUCAGGCGGAUGACGAAGAGGAAGAAGAGGAAGAGCUGCGUACCAAGAAAGGGAAGGGUGCUACUAAGACUCCGGCGAAAACUAAGACCCCUGCAAAGACUCUUGCGAAGGCCGCCAAAACACCUGCGAAGACAACUGCGAAACCCACGCCUAAAACAGCAGGGAAGACACCUGCGAAGGAUUCUGCGAAACCUGCGGCUACUCCAGCCGGAACGACAAGAACACGAAGCACCAGGGCAAAGCCUGCUGCACAGGCCGAGCCUGAACCUGAACUUGAACCUGCAGAAGAACCCGAAAACGUCGAAGGCGACCUUCCUACCAAGAGGGUCGGGUUUUGGUCUGUUCUGCAGGAGAGCAAUACCUCGCAAGCCGAUACAACGCUUCCAAUCGAUGAGUUGGUGUCGAGUCCCGCGAAGGAGUCUCAAUCUCGAUCGAUUCAACCAGAAUCACCUCAGGAGCCAUUGUUCAUCCAAUCAGAAACGCAGCAGUCCUUCCCUUACUCUCAAUACCCGGAUCUUCAAGCAAACAAAGCUACAGAAGCAGCACCAGGCGGCUCUCCCGAUGACUCUGAGGACGAGGAGGAGGUAGCAAACGCCGUCGCUAGGGUCAAUCCUCUUACGGCUGUGGCGCAGAGAAUUAAGAGCACGAUCUACCGCCCGCUGACAGAAAUUGCGAGCUCGCAGUCGUUCUUCGUACCACGGUUCCAACCUGCACAGUUCAACGCGAAGGAAGCCGAGCUGGACUUGUACGGACGGAAUGGUCGGGAGCAGGAGGAUUCGGACUCGGAGACCGAAAGUGAGUCGGACAAUGGCAAGCCACCUGCACCUCCGUCACACAUCCCUGCAUCGAGGAGGGCAGGUGUUUCACCUUCCAAGCGAAAGUAA